AUGGUUUGGUUUGGACAAGUGGUAAUUGGUCCUCCAGGGAGCGGAAAGUCAACGUAUUGCGCCGCAAUGCAAAGCAAACUAGUAUCUAAAAAUCGCAAGUGUAUUGUCAUCAAUUUGGACCCUCAAGUUACAUUACACGAGUUACCAUAUCAACCUGACAUCAAUAUCACUAACUUAAUCAACGCAGAACACGUCUCAAACACUCUCAAUCUAGGACCUAACGCAUCGUUGUUAUAUUGUAUGGAAUAUUUAUUGGAGAAUUUGGAUUGGCUCUUGGAACAGAUUUCACUACAUAAAGACUCAUAUUUGUUGUAUGAUUUGCCAGGUCAAGUUGAACUAUUCAUACAUCAUAACGCUCUCAAGGACAUUAUAUCCAAAUUACAAUCCAGUAAUCAAAGGUUGGUGCAAAUGAAUCUGAUUGACUCGACUCUGUGUUGUGACCCAUUUAAAUACGUCGCAUCGUUGCUCUCGUCGUUGAGUAGUCAAAUAUUCAUACAACUGCCGCACAUUAACAUACUUAGCAAGUUGAGUCUUCUGAGGGAGGUGGAGGCUGAGAUGGCGUACAGGCUUGAGUACUACACUGAAGUCCAGGACCUACAAUCGCUGAUCAUAUCGCUGAGGUACAACUUCAAAUUGCCCAAUUUGCAGAAAUUCGAACGCUUCACAUCAACUCUCUGUGAAAUAAUCGAAGACUUUAACCUCGUCUCCUUCCAUACGAUGGACGUCCAGGACGACGAAUCCAUCGAGUUCAUACUCUCCAGCGCCGAUAGAGCAAUUGGAUUCAUACCAUUUAACCAUUAUGACUUCAGAUUCAAUUAUUAA